ACAACAAAACGAACGGAAUGUCAAAAAAAAAACAAAGAACAUGAGACUCCCGCUGAGAUUUGCUAUGGAUGGUUUAUGAUGGAGAUUAUUUUUGCUCUUUUUUCUUUCAGUAGAAUGGAUUAUUUUUCAUAAUUUAAACAUCUCAAACAGUGAAUUGAAGGUCAAUAUCAACAUUAUUAACACAAUGGCCGCUAUCAACGGUAUUUAUAUGCCUCUGGAAAUAUGGGAGAAUAUAUUCAGCUACAUAUCGUCAUCAGAUGUAAUCAAUUUUUGCAGAGCAUCACCAGAAUUUAUGUAUUUUCUAAAGCAGAGAAAUAUUGUCAAAACUUUUGAUGUCAGUGAAGACUAUUACUUUAUUGAUAAUGAUCUAGGCGACUUUAUUGAACUAAAUGUAUCCUUUGAAUACAUUAAGGCACUCAACAUCAACAAACUAUAUUGGAUUCCUUUGGAUGACUUAAGGAAAAUCGUUAAGAGCCUGAAAAACUUGGAAGAGUUGUAUGCUCUCAAUACAAAACUAAGUCUUAGAGCAAAAGAUGUGGUUGUAUACUCUAAGCUAAAGACAUUGGCUAUAACCAUUGAUGGAAAUCAGUUCAUUCAAAAUGUUGAUCCAACAAUCUACAAAAAUAAUUUAUAUUUAUUGAGAAAACUUUGUAUUAACUUUACACAUAAAAACCUGAAAGGAAAUCCAAUAUUUCAUAGGCUUUUUUCUGAGCUAUAUGCCCUUAAAGAACUAUGGAUAUGUGAUUUAGAUGACUCAGACCACGCCUUAAAAUAUGAUAUUAUUGUUGCCCAGAUGAAAUUUCUCGAAAAGCUUGUCAUAAAAUCCAGUGUAAAUAUACCCUUUUUGGACUACAAACCUUUUGGUCUUGCUAAAUAUUUUGAAUCCAGACGGUUUAGGUCUAUUAUUAUGAAAUAUGAACAUCUUGACAUGGAUAAAAUUAUUCCGCUAAAAUAUGUUUCAAUAUUUCAACCUUUUGAAACUGAUCUUGAAGCAGCCUGGCAGGUAUUGCAUACCUAUAAAUCUGAAAUGCCAUAUGAUCCUGAUAUCCACAGGCAAGUUUACUUCACCAAACAAAUAAAAACUGCCAAGUUUAGAGAAUUAAACUUUUACCAUCACAAAUGUUUUUGUACACAAGAUUAUAUAAAGGCUACAUUUGACUUUCUAAGGGCACCAAAUAGUCGGGAUCUCAAAAAAUUGAGUGUUAAAUCUUGUGUAUUGCAACGAUACCCUAUACCUAAAGGCCAGCAUGACUUAUCCAACUUGACACGCAAAUAUCCAAUCUCUGAAGUGAUAAAAAACUGCCAAAGUCUCACCACUUUGGAGCUAAUGCAAUGUGCCAGUUGUAACAUAACAAUUCUGGACGGAUACCCUCUUCUAUGCGGCUGGAAAAAUCUGGAACGAUUCACAAUUGAAGUACCAUCACACUUGCAUGGAAAGUUUUUAGUUGAUCUCCUUCAGACCUGUAAAAGACUGAAAUUUUUAAGAAUAAUCAGCCAUAACACUAAUGAACAAUUGAACAGAUAUCUUUAUCAAGGUUUAAGAUAUGCCAGUAAUUUGGAAGAUUUUAGCUUUGAAAACAAACACAUCAACCUGCCAGCUCUUUUCUACAGUUUACUCGAGAACCAAAGCUUCAAAUUACGCCGUAUAUAUAUUUGUUGUGACAAUAGUGAUGCUGAACAACUGAGGCCCAUGGAAGAUUUUCUAUUGAUCAAUCGUCAGCUUUUAUUUUUAUGCAUAGUUUUGUACGAAAAAUCGAGAAGUUACAUAAAUCGUAUGCAAAUGGCGAUGAACAAUUAUAUAGAAAAAAAUACAGAAGACUUGAGUCCAACGAGAAGUCCACAUAAAACACGCUCGAGUCAUAAGUUUUUUUUUGCUAAAAAUAGCAGGCUUACAAAAUUUUAUCAAGUACCUGAGGUGCAUCGGGAACUUUUCAAUUACGACACUGAAGUUUCCGGUGUUGAUUUUUAUGAAUUUAGAUAGUUUAGGAUUUGCUGGUUUAAUUUCCACCUACAUAGGUGAUGUUUUCUUGAAGAAAAAAAGUUUUUAUGAUUGUUUAUCGAUAAUAUAGAUUUUGUGAGCAAUAAUAGUAUAUUAUAUACCUAGGGACUAAAGUCACUCUUUUUAUCCCUAGGCGCCGAGGCGAAAAGUCUGUAGCCUGACUGGAGGGAUACAAUUCGUCAAGGGAUAAAAAGAUACUUUAAUCCCGAGGUUUAUAUACUAUUUUAUGUAUUUUAGGAUUUAAAACGAUUUUAAACUCCUAGGAAUUAGCAGUGCUACUUUGAAAGCCAUAUUUUUAAUUCCUAAGUACAAUUAUUGUCAACCUUUGGCAGACCUAUUUGGCCUGAGAUGUAAUUAUUGCUGGUACAUAUCAGUUAUCAUUUGGCAAACAGUUCAUUCAUCUAGAGUCAGAGACUUGCUUUUUCUAUUUGCCAGAUAUGAUGACAUAAUGUGGGCCACUAUGAUUAAAAAAAGUAUUUGCUUGUACUUCAAAUAAGAGCUUUUAAAGUAUUUCCAUAAAAAGUAAUAUAAAAAUGACAAAUCUGGCGUCAUCUCUUUUUCAUGGACGUUAUGCAUUUUCUGUUCAAUUCAUUUGUUUUUAUUCAAAUGAACAAGUUUUCUGUCAACAAAACAAAUAUGAAGUUAGAGAGACGCCCUAUAGAAUACCUAUCUCGUCCUAAUUGAAGUUUUCACUUCUGUCGUGUGGUCUUGAGCUUACACCAUUUUUAUUUGGCUUUGGCUGAAUGCGCCUUAAAAAUUUUCACCUCACAAACAAUGCAAAGUGUGCCAUUAUUUGUUUAUUAGAGGAAAAAGAACGUUUAGAAAACUAUUUUAUUCUACCUGUAUUCUAAUAAAGUAGGAUCGGUCAGUAAAUUUCAAAAUAAAUCCUUGUUAGAAGUAAUAUAUUUCCCAAAGAUUGACAUCCAAAGCUACUUAUGAUAGAAUCUGGAAACUCUAUUUCCCGGAAAUUAUAAUCUUCAUAUGGUCGCUAUAACUAUUAUGAACUUGAAAUAGAAAGAAAAUUCCCUUUUUCUGCAAGUGUUAGGAACACAAUUUUUCCUACGAGCGUGCGGAACAAUUUUUCCACACUUGUGCGAAACGCGUACUAUAUGGAUUUUUGAGAAGUGAUAGUCUAUGAAGAUUAGCUUGGUUGGAAUUAUUACAUGUAUUCAUUUAUUUAGAGAUAUUUUUCUAUUGUAAAUUUUUACUAAUCCGUAUUAUUAGAUUGUUGUUUUUUUUUUAAAGUUAUUGUUACUAAUCCCUAUUGUUAGAUUUUUUUUUAGUUAUUGAAGAUAACGUAUAUACAUUAUUCAUCUAAUUGAAAGAUUUAAACAAGAUAAAUUAACUUUUAGGUGUUCCUGUUUUUAAGUCGACAAAUAUAUAUUUUGUUUUUGUAAUGAA